UGUUCUACAAAAGAGAAACUCACACAGUUGAUUUUACUGAGAGCUGAAAUGGAGUACAGACAAGUUCAAAUGGAGAAAAUCUCUUGCUCCAUCUGUUUGGAGAUAGUGAAGGAUCCGGUGACUAUUCCCUGUGGACACAGCUACUGUAUGACCUGCAUUAACGACCAAUGGGAUGGAGAAGUUCAGAGGAGAAACCACAGCUGCCCUCAAUGCAGAGAGAAAUUUAGAAAAAGACCUGUCUUGAAGAAAAGCACAAUGUUAGCAGAUUUAGUGGAUGAACUGAAGAAGAAUGGACUCCAAGCGGCUCCAGCUGAUCACUGCUAUGCUGGACCUGAAGAUGUGGCCUGUGAUGUCUGCACUGGGAGGAAGAGGAAAGCUGUCAAGUCCUGUUUAUCCUGUCCAGCUUCCUUCUGUGAGGAUCACCUCCAACCUCACCAGGAUGCUCCACCAUUAAAGAAGCACAAGCUGGUGGAUCCUUCCAAGAACCUCCAGGAGAACAUCUGCUCUCGUCAUGAUAAGGUGAUGGAGCUCUUCUGUCACACUGAAAGGGCAGAAAGGGCUGAGAAGCAGAAGGAGCUCCAGGAGAGUCGACAACAAAUCCAUCAGAGAAUCCAGGACCAAGAGAAAGAUGUGAAGCUGCUUCAACAGGAGGUGGAGGCCAUCAAUGUCUCUGCUGAUAAAGCAGUGGAGGACAGUGAGAAGAUCUUCACUGAGCUGAUCCGUCUCCUCCAGAAAAGAAGCUCUGAUGUGAAGCAGCAGAUCAGAUCCCAGCAGGAAACUGAAGUGAGUCGAGUCAAAGAUGUUCAGGAGAAGCUGGAGCAGGAGAUCACUGAGCUGAAGAGGAAAGACGCUGAGCUGGAGCAGCUCUCACACACAGAGGAUCACAUCCAGUUUCUCCUCAACUACCCCUCACUGCCAGCACUCAGUGAGUCUACACACUCAUCCAGCAUGAACAUCCGUCCUCUGAGACACUUUGAGGACGUGACACCAGCUGUGUCAGAGCUCAGAGAUAAACUACAGAAAAUCCUGAGAGACAAAUGGACAAACAUCUCACGGUCAAUUAGUGAUGUGGAUGUUUUACUGUCAGAACCAGAACCAAAGACCAGAGCUGGAAUCCUAAAAUAUAUGCAAGAAAUCACUCUGGAUCCAAACACAGAAAACAGGUUUCUGUUAUUAUCUGAGGAGAACAGAAAAGUAACGAGGGUAAAAGAACGACAAUCUUAUCCUGAUCAUCCAGAGAGAUUUGAUAAUUUAUGUUAUCAGGUUCUGAGUACAGAGAGUCUGACUGGAGGUUGUUACUGGGAGGUGGAGUGGAGAGGAGGAGUUAAUGUAGCCGUUUCUUACAAGAACAUCAACAGAAAAGGAGGAUUUGGAGUCAAUGACAAAUCCUGGUCAUUAUAUUUUAUCACAAAAGGUUAUGUAGGUUUUCAUAACAACAUCAAAACUCCAGUAUCAGGUCCUGUUUCCUCCAGAAUAGGAGUGUUCCUGGAUCACAGAGCAGGUAUUCUGUCUUUCUACAGCGUCUCUAAAACUAUGACUCUGAUCCACAGAGUCCAGACCAGAUUCACUCAGCCUCUACAUGCUGGGAUUCAACUUUUUGGUGAGGAAUCAUCUGCUGAGUUCAUUAAACUGAAAUAGUCAGCAGUGAUCUGACGUCCAGUUUUUUAAAAUGUGUAUUUUAGUUUCAGGUGUUUGAUUCUCCUCCAUUGUUGCUGAGAGUUUUGUUUUCAUUUCUUCACUGCUCACAGAUCAGCUGUUUUUACGGAGUUACUUUAUUAUCUUUUUGUUUUGUUGGUGUUGGAGUUCAUUUGAGUGCUGCCCCUUCCUGUUUCUGUUCACCCAUGGAGACUCUCACUGCUAAGGAGGAUUUUGAUUCUCUAAUUACAUUUACAUGAAUUACUUUUUCAUUUAAAUCCAUGUAAAAAAUUAGCUGAUGGAAACUGAUUGCUACGAUCAUCAUCAAUCAGAAAGUUUUUCAUUAUUUUGUUGGA